AUGGGACGACCAUUCAGAGUUCUGUUGGUCUUCAGUCUAAUGUUGGCCACUAACGCUCAAGUGAAUCUUCAUGAAACAAACCAUUUCCUCUUCGCUGCUCCAGAAGACAACAUCACUCUGCCCUGUUUAAACAAAGAUGUUGAGUUUAGAGGAAGCGUCCAGACUGGGAGCUGUAUUGGAGCACACAGCGUUCACUGGUUCAAGAAGUCUGAAGAAUCCACAGCAGGAGUUCUCUACAGUCGUGGGAAUAGCAGUGAUCAGUGCGAGAAAAGCACGGACAGUCCAACAAACUCCUGCUUCUACAACCUCCACAUUCAUAACGAGCAGGACGAGGACUCUCUUCACUACGCUGCUCUGAACGUUCAGUCUUCCUCCAGACGACAGAGAGUCACGGUUCAGACAGACUGUGUUUACUCCAGAGUUCACCUGUAG